AUGGGUAAUCGAGCAGCUCGAAAUCCUUAUCCUUAUCCUUAUCAAUCUGCAUACCCACCAGGUAUCAUUGAACAACCUUGGACAGUAACAACAUGGACUGACUAUUAUGUUCCUACAGUACGUGGACGUCAAAGACGACCUGUCAUUUAUAUUGGCGUUCCCUUAGGGGGAGGGAACCCUUGCGGUGGUUUUGGAAUGGGAUUUGGAGGUGGUCUUCCAUUAGGAGGAAUGGGAUUUGGAGGUGGUCUUCCAUUAGGAGGAAUGGGUGGUGGUCUAGGCUUUUCAGGAUUACCAAUGAUGACUGUCGGUUAUGGUGGUGGCAUUCCGGGCAUUGGUGGACUAGGUGGAUUAGGUGGACUAGGUGGAUUAGGUGGACUAGGUGGACUAGGUGGUGGAUUAGGUGGACUAGGUGGACUAGGUGGACUAGGUGGUGGAUUAGGUGGACUAGGCGGAUUAGGUGGACUAGGUGGUGGAUUAGGUGGACUAGGUGGUCUACCUCUCUUCUAA